AUGGCUGAUGAUAACUUAAAGGUACCAUUGAUCGGCUUGAAUACUACAUCUAAUACAAGUUACACACAACCGAUGUCAAUCAAUUUAUCGACAGAAGCGAACAAUGGUUCUAAAGCAGUCGAGAUUCUAAACAAAAUACGAAUAUCGUCUAGUAUAAGCGAAAGGUUAACAAAACGUAAACAACUGACUAAACGCCGUCGUCUUGUCAGUGACAUCAUGUGUCUGGUCGGUCUUCUUGGUGUAUGUCUGAUGAUAAUUGAGAAUGAAUUAGCGUUUCAUAAUACAGGCGAAUAUCAAUUGAGAUUUAUUAUUAAAUUGAUUAUCACAGUCACUACUUUUCUAUUAAUUGUACUCGUAUUCUAUUAUCAUUCAGUCGAUAUUCGCUUAUAUGCUGUUAAUAACUCAAUUGAUGACUGGAAAGUUUCAUUGACACCAUCAAAAGUACUAGCGAUCAUCGGUGAAGCAUUCAUCUGUCUUAUUCAGCCUCUACCGUGGCUACCAGACAGUUAUAUAUCAUCAUCAGCAAACAGUAGUACGUCAACGCAUGUGCCAGUUAAUGUUAUCCUAUCAAUAUUUAUGUUUACAAGAGUCUAUUUAGUUUGUCGUUGCCUCAUUUAUCACAGUACUAUCGUCACGGAUUCAUCAUCACAAAGUAUUGGCUUUUUAAAUCGUGUGAAAUUUAAUUUUAAAUUUAUUCUUAAAGCCUAUUUAACACAACAUCCAGUCUUGUCAUUAGCCGUAAUCUUAUUCACAAUAUUUCUUAUUGCUAGUUGGUGUUUAAGAGCAGUCGACUAUAAUUCCACAAAAGAUGGUCAACUGGCAUUUUUAGAUGCAAUGUAUCUCUUUAUGUUAUCGUUAACGUCUCUCGGCUAUGGAGAUCUAAUACCGUCAACCAACUGGGGACGAGGUAAAAACGUGGACGAUACAUAUCCUCUGAAGCGCUAACAAAAGAUAUUCAUUUUAGCCAUAGCUGGACUAUGCUGUUUGAUUGGUAUAUUUAUAUCAGCAGUAUUAAUUGCAAUCCUUGCACAAAAACUAGACUUUAGUCGUUCUGAAAAAUAUGUUCAUAUUUUUGUGCUCAAUACUGAACUGGCUAAACAAAUAAAAUAUGAAGCAUCGAACAUUAUUAAAUACACACUCA